CCGCGCGGCGGCGGCCGGGACCGUUGGAGCGCGGCGGCGGCUGAGGCGGCCCGGCCGCCCCUGGAGCCCCGGCAGCGGCUCAGGUUGUCGUUUAAAUGUCUGGAGAAGGAAGUGAGUCCGGGAAAGUGGAAGUUGCCCUGAGAGACUUCUCGGUGUGAUUCAGGAUGAUUGAGGAGAGCGGGAAGAGGAGGAGGACCAUGGCAGAGAAGAGGCAGCUGUUCAUGGAGAUGAGAGCCCAGAACUUCGAUGUGAUCCGGCUCUCCACGUACAGAACCGCCUGCAAGCUGCGCUUCGUGCAGAAGAGGUGCAACCUUCACCUCGUGGAUAUCUGGAACAUGAUCGAGGCUUUCCGGGAUAACGGCCUGAACACUUUGGAUCACGGCGCCGAGCUCGGCGUGUCCCGCCUGGAAACCAUCAUCUCGUCCAUCUACUUCCAGCUGAACAAACGGCUGCCCUCCACGCACCAGAUCAGCGUGGAGCAGUCCAUCAGCCUGCUGCUCAACUUCGUCAUAGCGGCGCUGGACAGCGAGGGCCACGGGAAGCUGACGGUGUUCUCGGUGAAGGCCAUGCUGGCCACCAUGUGCGGGGGGAAGAUCCUGGACAAGCUCAGAUAUAUUUUCUCUCAGAUCUCAGAUUCCAACGGGCUGCUGGUUUUCAGCAAGUUCGACCAGUUCCUGAGGGAGGUGCUGAAGCUGCCCACGGCCGUGUUCGAGGGCCCCUCCUUCGGCUACACCGAGCACGCCGUGCGCACCUGCUUCCCCCAGCAGAAGAAGGUGAUGCUGAACAUGUUCCUGGACACGCUGAUGGCUGACCCUCCUCCCCAGUGCCUUGUGUGGCUGCCCCUCAUGCACAGACUGGCGCACGUGGAAAAUGUCUUCCACCCCGUGGAGUGCUCGUACUGCCACUGUGAGAGCAUGAUGGGCUUCCGGUACCACUGCCAGCAGUGCCACAACUACCAGCUGUGCCAGAACUGCUUCUGGAGGGGCCACGCCAGCGGCCCCCACAGCAACCAGCACCAGAUGAAGGAGCACUCCUCGUGGAAAUCCCCGGCCAAGAAGCUGAGCCACGCCAUCAGCAAGUCGCUGGGCUGCGUGCCCAGCCGGGACCCGCCGCGGCCGCUGUUCCCCGAGCAGCCCGAGAAACCGCUGGACCUGGCCCACAUCGUCCCCCCCAGGCCCGUGAGCAUCGUGACCGAGGCCGUGCUCACCCAGGUCUCCUCGGGAGCGCCCACGCCAACCAAAAGGGUCUGGAGCUCUCAAGAGAACUUUUCCACCUGCGUUCCUGGCUUUUAUCCAAGGGAAGCGGCUGGAGGCGGGGACAAAGCCAGCGCCAGUCAGGGAUAAGGUGGGAGCGGAACAGAGCUGGAU